GCACACACACACACAGGUUUGGGUUCUGUAUCUGAGCAGCCUCCCUCGCGGUGCCCCUCCCCCUCUUGAACUGGACCGAGUCCUGCAGGAACCUUCCAUCCGAGUUCUAACCUUCACGGAGGCGGUGGAACUGCGCGGACUGAUCCAGGAGUCCUCGGUAGUGCGGGUUAACGGCGCGGUCGGUCCUCACAGAAACGCCAACCCGGCACACACACACACACAGCCGUUGCGGAAGCUCGGAGCAGCCGAGGCGGCGCUAAAUCCUAUUACCAUACUAACCAGUUCUGGGUGGAUGGACGGCUGAACGGAGCUUCCCGGACCGAACCAGCACCGCCUGACAACUAACAGCACCCCGUCGGCUCGGGCCUUAUCUUGUUGGGAUUCUGCUGCCGUCCGCCUGCCGAGGAGAUGGGGGACAAGGCGGGCACCAGAGUUUUUAAGAAGUCCAGCCCCAACUGCAAGCUCACAGUCUACCUGGGAAAGAGAGACUUUGUGGAUCACCUGGACCACGUGGACCCAGUUGAUGGAGUGAUCCUGGUUGACCCAGAGUACCUGAAGGACAGGAAAGUCUUCGUCACUCUGACCUGCGCGUUCCGAUACGGCCGAGAGGACCUGGAUGUGCUGGGCCUUUCCUUCCGGAAGGAUCUCUACAUCUCCACCUUCCAGGCCUUCCCUCCUGUUCCCGAGGAGAAGAAACCCAACAGCCGGCUGCAGGAGCGGCUGCUGAAGAAGCUCGGCCAGCAUGCACAUCCUUUCUACUUCACAAUCCCUCAGAACCUCCCUUGUUCGGUCACUUUACAGCCCGGCCCGGAGGACACCGGGAAGGCCUGUGGUGUCGACUUUGAGAUCAGAGCUUUCUGUGCCAAGUCGAUAGAAGAAAAGAUCCACAAGAGGAACUCGGUGCGUCUGGUGAUCAGGAAGGUCCAGUACGCUCCGGAAAAGCCUGGUCCUCAGCCCAUGGUGGAGACGACCCGCAGCUUCCUGAUGUCAGACCGAUCCCUGCACCUGGAGGCUUCUUUAGAUAAGGAGCUGUAUUACCACGGAGAGCCCAUCAGCGUGAACGUUCACGUCACCAACAACUCCACCAAGACGGUGAAGAGAGUCAAGAUCUCAGUGCGUCAGUACGCGGACAUCUGUCUAUUCAGUACAGCCCAGUAUAAAUGUCCAGUGGCCCAACUGGAGGCAGACGACCAGGUGUCGUCCAGUUCCACCUUCUGUAAGGUGUACACUCUGACCCCGACGCUGGACAAGAACAGAGAGAAGAGGGGGCUGGCGCUGGACGGCAAGCUCAAACAUGAAGACACCAACCUGGCCUCCUCCACCAUAGUGAAGGAUGUCACCAACAAGGAGGUUCUGGGCAUCCUGGUGUCCUACAGAGUCAAAGUCAAGCUGGUGGUGUCACGUGGAGGCGACGUGUCAGUGGAGCUGCCUUUCAUCCUGAUGCAUCCCAAACCUGUGGAGCUGCCCGCGUCCCGCCCACAGUCAGCUGUGCCGGAUACGGACCCGCCCAUCGACACCAACCUUAUUGAGUUUGACACAAACAGCGUCUCCCAGGACGAUGACUUCGUCUUCGAGGACUUCGCUCGCCUGCGGCUCAAAGGUGUCGUGGACGACAAGGACGAGGACUGCUAGGAGCUGGCCGAGCCAUCACACACUCGCUUCAACAGCGCGCACACACACACACACACACACACGCUUCUCAUUACACGUUACAUUCCCCAGCAGAGGAGGUGGACAAGGGAUCGACUGGAUGGAGGCUCGGUUGCGUUCUUUUCCUGCUUCAACUCUUCAUCAGCCUGCUUCUGCCGCCAUCUUCUCUUCUCCCCUAUCAUCAGUGGGCGGGGCAUAGCGCCGGCCUUUUCCUGUAAGCUGUUUCAACAAUUGGACGGUUUCCUUUGCUCGCCAUCGUGAAACAAAGAGAAUCCUCUCAGAGGGCUCGAGUUGAUCCUCUGAAGCUCACCAGCAUCCUCUCUGCUUGUGUCCUGACCUGCUUAAUGUCCUUCAGAUCUUCUGCAGAUCAGAUAUUUUCAUGAAAUAGAAGCUGAACUUUAGUGUUCAGGCUAAAAUGUUCCUGCAGCUCAAACUGCUGCUUUUUCAGGAAUCAAGUUCUGGGAAAUAUUGCCAUCUGGUGGCCGGUUUGAGUCGCUGAUCUCUUUCGGAGCUGAAAGGUCUUUCAGUUUUUCUUCUCUUCUAAAGAACCCUUUGUUUCAAUGUUUAUAAAAGAGAACCCCAGAUUUCCACAUCAGAGUUCUGUUGGUUUAGAACCUUAUGAAGUUAAAAAGCUCUCUGCUUCCAUGAUGAAAACCAGCAUUCCCAGUACCGUUUACACACCUGGGAGCAAACCCUUGGAUCAGGUUAGGAGCCAGCUGACCCAUUAGGACCUUCAGCUGGUCUUGGACCAGCCUGGCUGGUGGUGGUGGCUCGUUGAAGGAUCUCGUGGUGGUGCUUGUUCUGUGGGUUCAGACGGUGCCUUCAGUCUCUGCUGCCAACCAACCAGAUCAAUUAGUUCCUGGUUUUAUUAAAUCUGCAGCUUUUUAGAGGAGAAUCUAAAAGUUGCAUUGAUUUCAUUUUCACGUCUUUUCAACAUUUAGCUUCGUCUGGUUUAAAGGAUCAGCUGGUCUCUCUUGGGAUUAAAUGCAGUAAUAAUCUGACUGUAGGAGCUGCCAAAUAACUCUCAUCGGUUCUCUGAUAUUUCACCAAAACUUAAAUGGUUUUUAUUUCAACAGCUGACAAUAUUUCAACUUUUUGGUCUCGAGUUUCACAUCAGAAUUUGCCAAAAUAAAAACAGCUCUUUUUCAGUUUUAACAUCCAGAGAGUUCUGGACUUAAGACCUCCAGGUUUGGAUGUUUCUGAAGUGAAUCGGGUCAUAAAUCUAGUAGUUUUGAUCCGAUCUGUCUUUGAAAUAAAAUCUGAGCUGAACCAAGUGAAGUUGGUGCCAAAGCUGCAGCCAGCGCCAGAGUCUCCUUCAGCUCCACUCAAGCCUCCAUCAACCAAAGGUCUCCUGUAGAUCUAAACCGUUUCUGCUCUUUGAUCUACCACCCACCCACCUGUUCAGACCCAUUCAGCAUCAGAACUGAGCCCAUCUCCUCGAGGUCUUCUCAGUUUGUCCUCCGAGCCGCCGUCCGGCCUCGCUCGCUCGCUCGCUCAGAAGAAGAAGAAGGAUUUUUCUUUCCACGCCAUCUGUUCCCACGCAGUGCUGUGAAUCGUACGAGCUGUGAUUCUGUCCUGAUUUAGUCGUGCAUCUGUGGGGUAACUUCGCUCUAAGUGUACAAAUAUUUUGACAAGUGCCACGCCCCGGCCUGUGCGAUGCUUAACAUAAUGUCUAUACAACAAAGAAGUGAUCUGGAAACAUAGAGUUCUUCUUCUAUUAUUAUUCUGCUUCUGAUUAUUAUUAUUAUUAUGGUGACUAUUAUUACUUCUACUGUAUCAUCAGCGACCAUGAUUAUCCUCAUAAUCAGUUCAGAGUCUGUUUGCCAUGUGUUUUUUAUUUUCAGAUUUUUAUUGUACUUUUCUUUUUAUUAUUAAAGUGAAAUGAACUAACA